AGCUCACCACUUGUUCGGUCAUGAACCGCAUUCCCGUUGCGGCCCGCAACGCCCCGGUGUACGCGACGGCGCUGUCGCAGUUCGCCGUCUGCCGCCAGCCGUGGAGCGAGUACAUCCAUUUGCUGACCAAAGAGGACGCCCAGCCCUUCCACACGACUCCUCACGAAAAGCCGGCCUACCGUGGCCGCAAGCGUGGACGUGAGGGCUGGCUCUUCAGUCAGCAGGUGCAGCUGCACUACCACCGCUUCCCCGAUGAGCACCUCUUCACGAACCUCACCCGGUGGCGCGUGGGGGACACCGUGGGCGACAUCGCGCUGCAACAGUUCCGCAACGCGCAGCCCUUCGACAUGGAGGACAAGGACCCGCAAGGCUUUCAGCGGCCCGCGCCGGAUGUGUACAUGAAGCUGAAUUACAAGAACCCUGCCACGAUCUCGCGCUUCCUCACCCGCACUGGACACAUGUACCCGCAGGAUAUCAUGCCGCUGAACCCCGAGGCGGUGGUGAGGCUGCGCAUCGCGAAGGCGCAGGCGAUCCGCAUUGGGCUGUACCCUCGCUUCGGCAACCCCUUCUGGUUCCGCUCUCAGCGAUUCCGGCCCAAGGCGUACCAGGAGAACUACGAUCCCACCACCUACUCCACCAAGCAGACGAUGGAGCACUUUGCGUACAACUGGGUGCAGACGGACCGCAUUCGGCAGUACUUCAAAGGGCUGGAGGAGCUGCAUAAGAGCCGGCGCACCACGGCGAGCUCCGGCGGCGGCGGCGUGACGAGCGAGCACAAGCAGCAGGACCAGUUCUACGCGGCGGACAACUUGUCGAUGGAGACGCACCGCAACGGGCAGUCCUACAGCGCGGAUGUGGAGCGCUCCAUCAAGAACCCGACGGUGCCGGGGUUGAUGUCGACGAAGGGGAUGAAGAAGAAGUUUCACAACCUGUACUCGUCGACGUCGACGAAGCGGAUGGGCUUCUCGAAUCCGACGCUGGGUAUCAAAAAGGUGUAG